UGGAGCACCAGCAGCAUCUCCACCACCGAAUCCGUUUGGUGUGUAGACUACACAAAGUAUGUGAAUAUCCUAGUACUAGCGUUCAACCUUGUAAAGAGCACACGUAAUCGAGGGCUGUACAAAACGCAAUGGAUGCUACGUUGAGAGGGGCUCCGAGCAGCAUUUUCUAUCCUCGGGUAAUGAAUUUGGGUUCAAGGAUUCAUCAGGCGUGGGUAGUUUCCAAGCCAGCCUCAAGGAGUCGAGCUAGACUUCGUUCGGAUUCAGCCCCCGAUGUGGACGCUCAAGCCGAGGCCGAGCGCAAGAGACUGGAUUCUGAGGCACGAGAGGCCAUGAAAGUCGUGGCUGAACAGAGCCAGGCUGACGACAGGCCUGGCGCAUGGAAAUGGCAGAUAAGGAAGCGGGUGUGGGAUUUGCUGGAAGCCGAAGACAUUGCAAAGAUGCCAAGACCAGUUCAUCACAGGAUUCCAAAUUUUCAAGGGGCUGAGCUUGCGGCAGACAAGCUGCGGAAGAUGCCAGUCUUUGAAGAUGCGAAGUGUGUCAAGGUGAAUCCGGACACACCGCAAAAACCAGUGCGAUACAUGACCCUGAGAGGCAUGAAAAAGUUGCUCGUACCGCAACCACGCCUUAGAACUGGUUUCUUCUCCAUGCUGGAUCCAGCAAGUAUGAACGAUAGAGACAUGAGGGAGGCUGUCACACAAACAGGCUUUCGGAAGUUUGGGAAGCCGUUGGGGCUUGAUGCGAAGCUCAAAGUGGAUCUCAUUGUGAUCGGCUCCGUUGCUGUGGAUCCAAAAACUGGUGCUCGUCUUGGUAAAGGCGAGGGAUUCGCGGAGUUGGAAUAUGGGAUGCUCCGGUUUAUGGGAGCGAUAGACGAUUCAACUUUGAUUGUUACCACAGUGCAUGACAAGCAACUCGUUGACGAGAUUCAAUCGGACAAGCUGCUUAUACACGACGUCCCAGUGGAUGUAAUUUGCACCCCUACGCAAGUUAUAUUUACAAACACAACCAUUCCAAAGCCUACAGGAAUCUACUGGGACAGACUAUCCCCUGAGAAGCUUAAUCAGAUCAGAAUCCUCCAGCAGCUUAAGAGACAGAUCGAGAACGAAACGGGGGUGGCACUGACGCUGGGUCCUUCCGAAAGAUUGCCGCCGACGGCCCAAAGAGUGAAUCAACGGACCUCGGGCAGAUAAGUGAAUCAACUAGGAGCUCUGAGGAUACCGACGCACGAGAGGUCAAGGCCUCGAGCGGGUCUGACGAUGACUUUGUCUCGUUGCAAUAGGCUUUAAUACUUGAGCAGUGCUGCCUUGCUACUCGUGUUGCAAGAUCCCAACAAUGCUUUCCAGGAUCCAAGGGAAAGUGGCACUCAU